GUCCCUUUCAAGUUCUAUUUCGAUGACUACGCUUGUCAGGAACUGAGCUCCAUCGCUAACCUGUUCAUGAAGAAGAAGGGCUUCACCGCCGACGAGGGCGCCGGCCUGUGGCUGAACCGCACCGUGCGCCUGACCACCGGCUGCUGCGAGGCCGAGGACGCGGACCAAUGCGCAGAGGCAUCCCGCGACAACGGCAACGGCCGCACCGUUCGGAACAUCCUAGAGUCGACCUACCGCAACUUCGCCACGCGCGUGGUGCCCAGCAUCCACGCGGGCGAGCUGCGGGCGCUCGCGGAGCGCGUGGAGGAGUUCACCACGCUGAAGAAGACGAAGCGGAGCGAGUACGAGACGAAGUUUUCGCCCUCGAGUGCGACGAGGCACCUCGAGAAGGAUUUCGGGUACGAGGCCAUGUGCGGCCAGGAGUGGGCGCCGAAGUGCGAGGAGGCGAAGAAGAGGCUGACGCAGCUUCAAGGAGAGGACGUGAUGAUGACGACCGCCUCCAUGAUCUCCGACCAAAUGCUGGCGACCUGCCGCGAGGAGAAGAUCAUGAUCUCCGAGAUUGAGCUGCUGCUGAAGCGGGCCGUCCAGGUCGUCUCAGAGGAGCAGUGGAAGGGCAUCGUGGAGGCCACGGCGGACACCGACUGCACCGCGCUCAAGGAGCAGCUGACGAAGAUGAGCGGCUUGCCAGAUGCGCCCGUGUACGACACCCUUACGAUCAUGCAGGACUCGAAGAAGCUGGCACCCGUCCUGGCCCAGCUGCAGCAGCUGGUGGGCUUGGACAACGUGAAGGAGACGAUGGGCAAGCUCUUCGGCCUGGUGAAGCUGAGCGCGUGGCGGGAGGGCCUGCAGCUGAGCUCGCUGCAGGGGCAGUCCUUCCACAUGCGCUUCUUGGGCAACCCGGGCACCGGGAAGACCGUGGUGGCGCGCAUCGUGGGGGAGAUGCUCGUGAAGAUGGAGGUUGUGGAGAUUCCUAAGGAGAUCAGGAAGAACAUGACCGACAAGAUCAAGAAGGAGGUCAAGGAAGAGACAGGGAAGGUCCCGAAGGACAGCGAGAUUGAGUUGCCGCUGAUCUUCAAGGAGGUCUCCCGCGCCGACCUCGUGGCGCAGUACACCGGCCAGACCGCGCCCAAGGUGGAGGCGGUGGUGACCUCGGGGCUCGGCGGCGUCCUCUUCAUCGACGAGGCGUACGCCAUCGUUCGCGACGCCAAGGACAAUUUCGGGCAGGAGGCGGUGGACACGCUGAUCAAGGAGAUGGAGGACAAGCGGGACCAGAUCGUGGUGAUCUUGGCAGGCUACGAGACCGAAAUGGACACCUUCUUCGACUCCAAUCCCGGCUUCAAGUCGCGCGUGCCGCUCACGUUCCGCUUCGAGGACUAUUCCUGCACGGAGCUGAGCAAGAUUCAGAAUCUCGUUCUUGGUGGCUCCGGCAUCGAAGUCCCGGCUGGCAUGGACACCAAGCUCAGCGCCAUGGUCAGCUUCUCCACAGGCUGCUGCGAGGACAUCGCCGCCCCGGACUGCCACCCUUCGCGCGAGAACGGCAACGGCCGCACCGUCCGCAACGUCGUCGAGGCCCUGUCGCGCGCCAUGGCCUCGCGGGUGAUGCAGGCACACCAGGGCAAGGGGACCACGCCGUCGAUGGAGGAGCUGCAGUACCUGGCGUUCGAGGACGUGACGAUGGUGGCCGAGGAGGCGGCGGAGAUCAAGCUGGGCAUCCCGUGCGGCCAUAACGGCCUCGUGCAGCAGCUCUACCAGAGCAUGUCGCAGGUGGGUGGCCUGCGCAGCUGGUACUUGGAGAACCGCAGGCUUGCGGAUCCGAUCGACGCCCUGUUCAAGAUAUUGAACGAUUACGACACCAUGUCGAAGGCUAUGACGGAGUUCGGUAGCGAGAAGUUGGACAGGCUCUCCGGGGAGUGCAAGUCGGGCAUCGACGGGAUGAUCGAGCGCCUGAAGUCCGCGGGGGAGGAGAUGUGCGGCGUGGACGGGUCCGAAGGCACGCUGGACAGCGCAGCGGCUCAGCUCGACGAGGCGCAGAGCAACAGCGCCUUCCACGGCGCCAUGGCCAAGGUCGAGAAAAUGGCGAUGGAGAUCAUCCUCUUCAAGAGGAUCGUCAAGCUGAACGGGGACCACGACGAACUCCCGGCCGCUCUCCAGUCGCUCAUUCCCGUGGCUGCCCACUGCGUGGACAAGCUCGAGGGCAUGCGCUCGAAGAAGGUCCUGGUCGAGCUGUCCGAGGCGCUGAACGUGCUCGCGGAGCAGGUGUCGUGA